AUUGGAUUUUCUCUGCAACAUGCUAUAAGUCAUAACUAUAGCAUAGUAGAAUGUUUUUUUGUAUGCUGGUGAAAUAGGAUGACAUAACAUAGUAUUAUAUGUUCACCUAGAUGCUUGAUAUGGACGAACCUCAUCCAAAUUCAGGAGUUGAGGCAAAAAACCUCACGACAACUAAAUUCAAGCUAUCGUGUGUGCAGCAGGCAUUUCUCCACCAAAAAUUACCUUCAUCCAGCUUCUGACAAACUUUGCCACAAUGCCUGCCCAGAUCAACAUGUAGAAGGUUCUACUAGCUGCACCAGAUCAGAUGUUGACCCUAUAAAGACAAAUACAUCAAUAGAUUUACUCCACCAAGCAAAUUAUACACCAAACUGGUUACUAACAUAUCCACACGAGAAUUUGCACAACCUUGAAUAUGGUGUGUAUUUGAUGUGCAGUAAUUGAUGUGCAAUUUGUAUAUGUUUAGAUUUCAGAAAUGGUAAGUGCAUCACAAUUAUUCUAAAUAUAGUUAAUCUUGUAGGUACCAUUCCUGCUCUGGAGAAUAGAUCAUCUGAGAUAAGAGCUUCAUCCUUGAAACAUGGUAAAUGGUCUAUGCUUUUGGUAGAUAUUACAGUUUUGCUUUUACUAACUAGAAUUCAUAUAUAGUAGGUAAAGAUUGACCUUUAAGAUUUUGCUGUAUUAUGCUACAUAUAUAUUCACUUUGUCUUCAGUGAAAAAGUGUUAGACUAAUAGUUGUAUUAUGGCUAUAGGGUUCAUCUAUCAACUGACCAUGGAAAAUUCCAAAGAAGAUUGUGAAAAUAUUGAAUUAAUUGAAAAUGUUCAAUCAGAUAAUGAAUUUACUGAUGGUCAUCCAAAGGAUACUGGCAGUGAAGUGUACAGUAAUGCCGCGGUAACAAGCAUUAUGGAUAAUAUUAGUUGUAUUGCUACAAGUGUUAGUCCUACUACAACUAUUAGGACUGCUAGACCUACAUUUGCUACUAAUACUGCUACUACUUCUACCCCUCCUCCUACUGCUGCUACUACUACAACUACUACUAAUGAUAAUGUUGAUUGUUUCAUUCUCAAUGGAAAUGACAAUUUACAAAAGCCUGAAAUACAGUAUGAGACCAUACAAUUAGGGUUACAUGAAGAAGGAGAACCAACAUUCAAAACCAUAAAAUCAAAUGAGUCUACUAGCAGCUUGCAAAGGAGAAAUACAAAACAGUGUGCACUAAUAAAGAAGCAACGGAUGCAGAUUUGUAGACUUAUGAAAAAACUUGAACAAAUAAAGGUAAGCCAAAAAAAUUGUGAUACAUGUGCCCUACCAUCUACAAUUAUAAAAAAUGCAAGCAAAUAUAUAAGUGGCACAGCUUUAGAAUUUUUUAAAACACAAAUGAAAUUAGCAGGUGUCUCCAAAUAUGGUAGGAGAUAUUCACUUCCUCAAAAAUGUUUUUCUCUUGGACUUUAUUUCAAAAGUCCCAGAGCAUAUAACUUUAUCAGCAAGAUAUUUACUUUACCAACAACGAGAAUGCUGAGGUACUGGGUAUCCAAGAUUGAUUUUAAUGUUGGCUGGAAUGAGUCUGUUUUUAAAUUGUUAAAACAGAAAGCUUUAUCAAUGAAUGAAAAUGAUAAAUACUGUGGCAUUAUAUUUGAUGCUAUAUCCCUUAAAUCUGAUGUACAGUUCAACAUAAGUAAAGAUGUGGUGGAGGGAUUUGAAGAUCUUGGCCAGUAUGGCAAAAGGCAAGACCCAGCUCAGUAUGCCAUGGUCUUCAUGGCAAAAGGCUUGGCUUCCAAAUGGAAGCAAGUACUGGGCUAUUUUUUAUUUACAAAAUCUAUUAAAGGUGAUACGUUAAUGUAUAUGGUAACCGACUGUAUUGGUAAAUUGAAGAAUGUAUGUUUAUACCCAACAUUUUUGGUAUGUGACCAAGAUCCAAAUAAUAGAAGGUUGUUUAAAAAUCUUAACAUUUCCAUAGAAAACCUUUUUUCUCACAUGAAGGUGAAAAAUAUGUAUUUCUUUUAUGAUACACCACACCUUUUGAAAAGUAUCAGAAACAAUUUUAAGAAAUAUGACAUACAAGUUGAUGGGCAAAAAGUGUCAUGGAAAUAUAUAGAGAAAUUUUUUGAAGCAGAUUCUCAGAUGUGGCUACGGUUAGCACCAAAACUUACAGCUUCACAUGUCUUCAACACUGGUUUUGAUAAAAUGAGAGUGAAUCUAGCUGCACAGGUGUUUAGCCGUAGUGUAGCAGCUGGUUUAUUUACACAUGCAGCAUUAGGGGCAUUACCACAAGAAGCGGAAAAUACAGCAUUAUUUGUAAAUGAUAUCGAUGAAUUGUUUGACGUAUUUAACAGCAGCUGUGUAUUUCAUUUUAAAGAGAGGAAAUGUGCAAUUAGUGAUAGUAAUAAUAAUAUUAAUUUUUUAUCUGAAAAGGCUGAUAUGCUGUCAAAAUUAACUUUUAUUGGAACUAAAAGUAAUAUUCCAUGUAUAGAUGGUUAG